AUGGGAGAAUCAGUUGAAUCGAUGGUAGACACUCCAAUGGACGGGGAGUCGAACCCAAAUUUGAUGAAACAAGACUUGUCCACAUUAAACAUCGAAGAAUUGACUGCGUUGACGCCAUGCGUCAUUUCGCGCCAAGCGACGAUCAAUAUAGGGACUAUAGGACAUGUAGCGCAUGGGAAAUCGACCGUGGUCAAAGCUUUGAGUGGGGUCCAUACCGUUAAGUUCAGAGAAGAACUUCAGAAGAAUAUUACUAUUCGACUUGGCUAUGCUAACGCUAAGAUAUAUAAAUGCAGUAACCCUAACUGCCAACGCCCCGCUUGUUACACAAGUCAUGGAUCAAGUUAUGACGACAAUCCAAUCUGUCCUAACAAAGAAUGCGGAGCUAAAAUGGAAUUAGUCCGUCAUGUUUCCUUUGUCGAUUGUCCGGGUCAUGACUCGUUGAUGAUGACAAUGUUAACAGGAACUGCUGUUAUGGACGGCGCGUUGUUAUUGGUAGCUGGAAAUGAGCCUUGCCCACAACCACAAACAAGUGAGCACUUGGCCGCCGUCGAAUUCAUGAAGUUGAAGCACUUGAUCAUCCUCCAAAACAAAAUCGAUCUCGUCAAGACUAAAGAAGACGCAAAAACAAAUUAUCAACAAAUCAAGGAAUUCGUAAAGGGAAGUAUCGCUGAGAACGCCCCGAUCGUCCCCGUCUGCGCACAACUUAAUUUCAAUAUGGACGUCGUCUGUGAGUACAUCUGUCACUCCAUUCCAGUCCCCCAGCGAGACUUUAAGGCGAACCCACGGAUGACUAUUAUUCGGUCGUUUGAUAUCAACAAAGCGGGAACGUUCCCACAAGAUUUACACGGAGGAGUCAUUGGAGGGACUUUGUCGCAAGGGAUCUUGAAAGUGAAUGAUGAUAUUGAGAUCCGGCCGGGGUAUAAUGUGAGAGACGCGAAGAACCAUCAAACGUGCAAGCCCUUAUUUGCGAAAAUCUUGUCGCUGCAUGCUGAGAAGAACGAACUUCAAUUUGCUGUUCCUGGUGGGUUGAUUGGUGUUGGGACUACUUUGGACCCAUCCCUGUGUAGAGCAGAUAAGUUAACAGGACAAGUUGCUGGAACGGUCGGAAGCUUACCCCCCGUCUUUGUCGAACUCCAAAUCAGAUUUUACUUGCUGACCCGUUUGCUUGGAGUGAAGACUAGCGAAGGAGAAGCUACAGUAAAACCACUCGUUGUGGGUGAUGUCCUCAUGAUCAAUAUCGGAUCAACACACACGGGAUGUAAGGUCAUUGCUCUUAAGGACGACUUCGCUUUGAUUACACUCAUGAAACCAGUCUGCACUACGGUCGGUGGAAAGGUCGCGUUGUCUAGAAAAAUCGAGAGAAGAUGGAGACUCAUUGGGUGGGGUGAGGUCGUUAAGGGAACUAAGAAGGUCUCGGAAUAA